CUCUCCCCUUCUCUUGUUUUCUCAAAAUCGUCUCAUUUGUCUCUCCAUUUUCUCUCUCUACAAUCCACUGAAGAAAACACACCCCUAUGUAUGUAUAGGUGGGGAAAGGAAUUGCGAUGAUUUCGCGUUGACCUUCGAUUGGCCAGUCUCUGCAACGUUAGCCAGCGCUCAUGAGAGGCUGAGUUAUGCUGUGGAACUGCAAUGUUGGUGGGUCAUCCUCAUAAUAAUUUUCCUCCAUAUCAUGGCCUUGCGACCUCUCCGCCUCUCCUCCAGACGAACUCCUCCUAAGUUUCUUUUUAUUGGACUCUUAAUUCUUGUGCCAAUUUGUGUAAUUGGGAGUUUCAUCUACGGUCAGAAAAUCUCUUAUUUCUUCCGUCCACUUUGGGAUAAUCCCCCAUCUCCAUUUGAGCACUUACCACAUUAUUAUGCAGAAAACGUUUCUAUGGACCACCUCUGCCGCCUCCAUGGCUGGUCCUUACGUUCGGUUCCCCGUCGUGUCUUUGAUGCCAUCAUAUUCAGCAAUGAGCUGGACCUGCUUGAGAUUAGGUGGCGUGAACUCCAUCCGUAUGUUACAAAAUUUGUCAUCCUCGAAGCCAACACCACCUUCACUGGCAUUCCAAAGCCUUUAUUCUUUGCUGCAAAUCGAGAUCGAUUUUCCUUUGCAGAGGGGAAAAUUGUUCACAGUGUGUUUCCUGGCCGGAUUGCAUCGUAUGGCUCACAUGAAGACCCAUUUGUACUUGAGUCACAGCAGCGGGGGGCUAUGAACGGAUUGAUUCGCCGUGCAGGUAUCUCCAGUGGCGACCUCCUCAUUAUGUCAGACACCGAUGAGAUCCCUAGCUCCCACACUGUGAAACUACUUCAGUGGUGUGAUGAGGUGCCUCAAGUGCUGCAUCUUGAGUUGAGACACUAUAUGUACUCCUUCGAGUUCCCUGUGGACUACAGCAGCUGGCGCGCCACGGUCCACAUUUACAGCCCGCGGACUCAAUACCGGCACUCACGCCAAACUGAUCUUAUACUUUCUGAUGCGGGAUGGCACUGUAGCUUUUGCUUUCGGCAUCUACGAGAGUUUGUAUUCAAAAUGACUGCCUACAGUCAUGCAGAUCGUGUGAAGCAUAAAGAUUUUUUGAAGUAUUCUAGAAUUCAGAAACUCAUCUGUCGUGGAGAUGAUCUUUUCGAUAUGCUACCUGAGGAAUAUACUUUCCAGGAAUUGAUUAAGAAGAUGGGACCAAUAACUCGUUCGGCUUCUGCAGUUCAUCUUCCUGCUUGCUUGAUAGAAAAUGCAGAGAAGUUCCAAUUUCUUCUUCCUGGGGGUUGUGUACGCUCAUAAGAAUGAAAUUUUCUUGACAAGCUGUGCCACACAUCAGAUAAGUGGAAGUUGUUUAGAACUUUAGAUAGAAAGUAUCUCACGAAAUUGUUUUACAUUUACUUAAAAAAAUACUGUUUUAGGUUGCUCUUAUUGUCCUUUCAUUCCUUUCGUGCAGUGACGCUUGUGGUUCUCUGAAGAUGUGAGGAAUUUCAAUUUUGUGUUUUUUUCUGUAUGAUAGUCUUCUUUUAGAUUAUUGUGAUUUAAUUUUUGAUUUGCUAGGUUAUCUUCUUGAACAGAGAAAGGACCAUGUUUUGUC